UCAUGUUUCCAGCUCACAAAUUGUCUGGUAUAACGGCAGGUGCAUUUACUUGACACAAAAUUUGUAAACAGUAAAUGGAUGGUCUUACAGGAGCUAAUUUUCUCACACGCUGGGUAACAUGUUGAAGUGGAUGCUAAUCUUUCUAUUGAAAACCAAUAAUUAUUAAUUUUUUUUUUUUAAGCGAAACUUUAUAAUUCAUCCGAAAUCAUCUGGCCGGGUGCCUUUGUUUUAAAGUGUGGAGUGAUAAAGUCUGUGAGCGCGUGGAGGGCGCUAAAAAUAUUUGCAAGUAGAGGAAAAGAAUGCGUGAUUCUACAAGUUGUAACAGAAUCUUUAUAAUCGGUUAGUAACAGAGUUCAUUGGAAGAUUAUCUGGUCCUCGAAGUUUGUUUACGAUGGCUGCAACAACUUUUGUAGGGUUUCUCAGUCGCCUGGUUGCCACUGGAGAAUUUAAAUCUCUACACGAGCAGUUAACAACGUUUUUCGAUGCAAGCUAUCGAAAUAGUUGCGAAGAAAACACAGCGUUUUGUUGCGAUCUCAUUGAGUUACAUGCCAAGCUCCAAGGGCAGUUGUUUUAUCUUCUGGAGUUGUGUUCUUCCGAAGGAGGAAUUUACGGAGGAAGCGAAGCACUAAAGAAACGACUUUUACCUUGGCUUUGCAAUGGAUUUGUCACUGCAAGAAUCAUCCCGGAAGAUGUAGAAAUCGUGAAGGAAAAGUACGAGCUGAUGGUUAAGAAAAUAGAUGAAGAUUUGAGCGUUUCCAAAGUUGAAGCCGCAGAAUUAAGAAUCAAAUUUGCGGAUGCAGAAGAUGAGAUAAGAGGUUUACGUCAACAGCUGCAAGAAAAUCAACAGGGAGACUAUCAAGAAAUUGGUGAAUUGCGUAAAAAGUUGACAUACACAAAGAACGAACUUGUAGCUAGGGAAUGCCAGAUCAAAGAACUUAACAGAGAAAUUCUUGAACUGAAGAGAGAAAAUUCUGAACUUCACGGAAGGCUUCAGAAAAAGAUCCUAGAUGCUAUGGCGGAGCCGGAACCUGUUCGCCUGGUGACCAAACCAUAUGUCAAUGGUAUCGUUCCUUACCAGUCCCGCUCUGCCAAACUGGUUGAAAGAUUUGCUGAACUGCACAAGAGCGACAGGAUACAAGUAAUAAAUUCCUUGAGGGGCGUGUCUGAUAACUCAACAGCUGAACGAUUUGCUUUUUUAAUCGUCGAGGAGUGCUUUACAGUUAGCAAACUGGAACAGCAUAGGAUGAGAACCCGGAUGAACCAGGCGUUACAAACCGGCCCCAAGGGUGGCCCGGAUAAGUCAGGCAAAAUCAACGAGCUGGUGGAUAAUUACAUGAAAAAGAACACAGAACUGUACGACAUCGAGACCCUAAUUCCGGACGUGAUAAAAUCCUUAUAUCGCAACUCAAUAAUCGCACCUUACGUCGCGUGUAAUGAGAAAAAUAUUGUUCCCUUCGUCCGAGAGGUUCUACGAGUGGCCUGGGCAAUGAUAUCCCUGAAUCCUCCCAUUGACCUCCCCGCAGCAUUGGAAGGUGACGUCAUAAAUGACACACGUUACAGAAGAACGUAUGACUCCGAAUUUAGUGCCACAACUAUCGACUACUUUGUGUGGCCGGCUUUAAUCAGAGAAGGAAAGGUUGUUGCCAAGGGAAAGGUAGUAACUAGGCGAAUAUCACCUCAGAAGAUAAAAAAGGCGAUAACAAGCACCCCCCGCCCGGGUAGCACCCCCCACCCGGGUAGCACCCCCCACCCGGGUAGCACCCCCCACCCGGGUAGCACGCCCCGCCCGGGUAGCACAGAGCCUUAUUCUCGUCCGUCAAGCUAUGACCUAGGAUUUGGUUCUCUGUCGUCUUCUUGGAGUGAUCACUCCAGCUUCAAGCACAGGUUCAGUACAUAGUCAGGUUCUGGGGAAUGUAAAGGGAGCAUUCAAGACAUAAGUAUCCUCCAUAUUGAGUGACUAUUAAGCUGAAGACAUCAUGAAUGAGAACAUGCAAUGCAUAUAUCUUAUUAACCAGGUGCAAGAGCCAUACUGAAAGAAUAUCGGCCCAAGGUCUUGACAGUAUGGACUGA